CUGUUUCACCUCAUGGCUGGGUGGCUUGCCUGGCACGAGCGGUAGGUGAGCGUGACUGGCCUUGUCUUCUAGGACAGGUGUAGCAUUUCCUCUGCCCUUCCGCUUCCUGUCUGAGAAGCGUAGAACCUUCGUUGUCUGGAUAAUUGUGUUUAACAGAAAACAGUUCCGAGUUCAUCAGAGAGAUACUUCCUCCAUUUUUGUUUCAUGAUUGCUUCUGUCUCCUAUCCUAUUUCUCAUUGACUGCUCAGGUUUGAUUACUCUGGAUCUCUGGGCCUCAUACCUGUCUAUGGCAGGGGCUUCCCUUGGUCCUCAGGUCCCAUGUGAUGGCUGCGUGUUCAGUCCUUGGCUAGCAUGAAGCAACCCCACCAUGGUGACCUUUGCCUGCCGGGAAAGGCAGUGUUGCCUCCCCCCUUCUCUUUUUCUGUUUUUCCUGAGGUCCUUCAUAUUCCUCUUCUCCUGGGGAAAGUGUCUUCAAGCACUGAAUCUUUUGACUGCCACGGAUUUCAGGCAGCCAAAGGGAUUGGGAUUUGUUGGUUAUCACGGGAGGUGGUGUCAGGUGAGCGGUCUGGUGGCGGGAUGUCUGUGGGGUAUACUUUGUCAAAACCUCUGGGCCCCUCUGGCAGGCAUCCCUGUAUGUGGCUUGUACUCGGACAAAGUCCUUGUCUCGCAGGUUUUCAAGUGUGCUUGGCUUUUCCUCAGUUUUCUGUGGGAGAUCCCAGUGGCCCACGGGCUCACACCUCAACCUCUCUGUCCGUCUCAACAUCGUCCCAUACGGUGUCAAAGACACACGCUCACUCCAUCUGCUCUUAGGGGACGUCAGUGCCACGUGUGGUCACUUUGGCUCUAUCUCGGACUUGCCUCUGUCUCUUGUUGCAUGUGUUGUGGAAAGCUGUGUCGGGAUUUUGGAUUCCCCGGGCCUAUGAGACAAAGGCAAACUACUGCUCCAUUCAGGAAGGAAGGAGGCAGUGAGCUCAUGGGCCAGUUUAUUUUCAGCAGACAGCAGGCCUUGCGGCUCUUGGGAUCUUUCUGUGCCCCAGCGAGGCCCUUCCCUCCUCCCUACAUUGUAACCCCAUUCCUGAUCACCCACUCAGAUCCGUUAUUGGAUUCGAAGAGGUGUCCAGAGAGACAAGCGGGAACCCCGAAGCUCUUCCUCCACCGGGAACCAAAGCAGAAGACCAAUCAAGAAGGCCGGGAUUCACGGAUAAUCACCCAGCAGGAAGAAACCUCAGGAGGAAAAAACCUCAGGCAGAUCUCCGGGAAGGCAGUGAGAGAUCCCAGCCUCAGGCCAGGAUUUGCGGAGCGUCAAGGAGGCCUCUCUCCCAAUCUUCGCUUCACCUGACACCACCUCAGUCCCCGCAGCCCCCGCUCCACCAUAUUUUUUUUUUCAAUGUAGUCGGUGUCUCACUGUCACCCAGUCUGGAGUGCAGUGGCGGGAUCUCAGCUCACUGCAAAGUCUUCCGCCCGGGUUCAAGUGAUUCUCUUGCGUCCACCUCCCCAGCACCUGGGGUUAGAGGGAUUAGUCAGAGUCGGGGCUAAGACCAACCCUCGCCAGGGCAUAGACAGGAUGGUCUUGGAGGCCAGGAUUCGCGGAGGGUCGUCCAGGAGGAAGAAACCGCGGGUGGAGGGCCUGGGAAGCAGCGUGGGAUCCCAGGCUGAGGCCUGCACCGACUGACGGUGUGCCAGUGAGUCUCUUCAAAAGAGGAGAGAUUUGCUUGUGUGCCCAUGGGCUGCUCUCUUACCCACGGGUCAUAGUCACAGAGAGCAGAACCCGGCAGCCUCAGGGGCUGCCUGGGAGUGGGUGUUACCCUGCCACUGCCAUAUGUUUUUGUGCAUUUGUGUGUGUGCCUACGUCUCUUAUUUCUCUCUCUCUCCUUUCUUACUCUUUCACUCUGUGUCCGUGUGUGUCCGUGUGUGUGUGUGUGUGUGUUGGGAUACAUGUGCCCUGUGCGCCGGAGGGUGGUAUCUUGUACGUUGACCUUCCCUCUGGUCAGCCUCUCCCUGCAUCUCUGCCUGGGGCAUGUGGCCGGUUGUCAGUCGUUUUUCUGUGGUUCCAGUUUGGGUUUGUGAAAGUCUGGACGAGGUGGGGAGCUGUGUCUAUCUGGUAAGGAUUUAAAUCACCUCUCCACCCUGAGAGGCCUCUUUUCUAGGAUUAAGACCACUACCCCCCAGCCAAGGAUAACAGCCUCACCGGAGAGGUCAUUGUCUACCUGCAGGAGUGGAGCAGAGCGACCUCAAAGAAGAUGGUUCUCAUUCCUCUCUCUCUUUCAUCUCAUUGAGAAAUCUAGCCACAGGGUAACACAGGUUUUGAAAAGAAGGGAACAGGACCAUGGCAAGAAUCUGUGAGUGUGCAGGCUGUGUUUCACAUAUCAUUAAACAUAGUCUAGUGAGUGUUCUGCAGAUAGCUGGCAUUUAACUUUGUUUUAUUGAAUCAAGGAAAAGAAAAAAUGCUGAGAAAAAAAUGACACAAUUUGCCUGCCAGUCCAUCUGAUUGUUACAAAUUUAACAGUAAUUUUAAUUUAUCUUCUCAUGUAAAGGUCCUUGGCAGUGAAACCUAAUUUCCUAAAAUAGCCUUGCUUUAUUUGGUAUAAUUAUGAUGUCAUACAUAUCACAGUAUCUGGAAAUUCUUAACAACUCCCUUGACAUACAUGAUUAAUCACAUUUCCAAAAUAACUUAACAAAACAAACAACAGAAAAUCAUUUUUUACUUACUUCCUUCAAAUUUGUUUAUUUAAGUUGUGAUUCCUUCAUGCACGAAACAUUUUUAUGUGUCUGGCACUCUUCCAGCCACAGAUUUCAUCUUAAACAACGUAAGUAUUGAAAUGCUUGUGCCCUUUGAUUAAUUUUUCCUACAUAAAUACUUUGAUAAAAAGCUACAUUGAGUCCAGGUGCAGUGGCUCACACCUCUAAUUCCAGCUCUUUGGGAGGCCGAGGCCAGCAGAUCACAAGGUCAGGAGAUCAAGACCAUCCUGGCCAACAUGGUGAAACCCCAUCUCUUUAAACACACAAGGAAUUAGCCAGUGUAGGCCAGGUAAUCCCACACUUUGGGAGGCUGCAGCCCGCAGACCACUGAAGAUCAGGAGUUUGACACUAGACCAGUCUGCCCAACCUGGUGAAUCCCGUGUCUACUAAAACUAUAAAAAAUUAGCCGGGUGUGGUGGCAGGCACCUGUAAUCCCAGCUACUCG